AUGCAGAAAGCGACUGCGCCAGUAUGUUCACACCAUCAUGGUCUGCGCCGCAACCGAUUCGGAUGCUUCCGAUGCUAUCGACGCUAUGGAUUGUUGCAGGGUCGGAGAGUGAGUGUUGAGAACCAAAGCCGAGAAGCCAAUUCAAGUGGAGUACAACACGCUGCUUCUUCAGACGAUGUCUUGUGUGAGAUCAAAGAAAUUCGACAUCUUACUAUUUUGGACCUCGAGAACAGGACCAGACAUCAACUUAGCUUCACCAUCGCCGCUCCAUCGCACCUCUGCUACGAGACCAAUCUACCCCGAAGCGCCGCCGUCAAGCUUGACUCUUGCUCGCUCGUGUCAUCAAUCACUGUACGGGAUCCAUCUGCCAAAAUCGGUCACCCAUAA